AUGUGUAUAAGGCUAUAUAUUGUUUCUCAUGUGAAAACUGACAUUCCAAGCUGACCUUUAAACCACUAUUUGUGCACAGGAAUAAACAUAGGCUACCUCUAGUUUAGUCUACAUGAAAUAUGGCUUUCCAAAAAAUUUGAAUGCUCUUAGACAAAGCGACACGACAUUUCUUUCAAGUCUGACAUUAUCAAUAUGGCAACCCAUUGUUGGAUACUUUUCGUGACCUUUUUUUAAGGGUGUUUGACCUCCGACCCGUGGAGACCACAUAUGUUACCCUUUGAACUUAUUAUGUUAAGAAAUCUUCUCUGUUCAAAGGUUGAAGGCGGACAAGUGCUAGCCAUCUCCCUCCGUUAUGUCGUUUUCAUAAAAAAAAGCUACCGAAAAUUCUAAAUGUCCCCUCACAACUUAGUUUUAACUAUAUUAUUUAUUUGUUUUGUAUUUAUCAAUUUAGUUGUAAAUUGCCUUGAUGAAUAUGAUUUUUUUACAGGAGUAACAUUCACUCGUGACUAAAAUACUAUUCUUAAUACAAUUCAGAGGUACAUUUUGGGAUGUCUUAAAUAUUAAUGCUUUGGGUUGUAUUAGAAUUAACACUGGCAAUUGUUGCACUUUCUGUUUAAUUUGAACGAAAAACUCAUUUUCAAAUAAGCCUAUAAAGAUAGUUUGUCAAGUCCUUAGUCAAAGCAAACAAACAACAUUUUUUACAAUGUUUAGUAUUCUUAAAAGGAAAUAAUAUAAAAAUAUAAUACCACAUUUAUGUAUUUUUUUCAUUUAAAAUCAAUCUAAAUCUAAGCCUGCUCUGCAGUUUAACCAUUUCGUGUUCUUACUUAAUUAUUUUUUUCAGUCAUUUUUUGAAAUAUGGUAACAACUGCCCUGAAGCAUUUUGAAAGCUGUGUUUGAAUUAAGACAUAUUAAAUCAAUGGCAUACACUUCCUGCUGAGUUUAACAUGGGCUCUGUAAAUUGUGGACGUGCACGGUGACACACGCAUACAGCACACACAAACAAACAAAAAGAUGAAAUUAUGUCAAAUCUUUCUUAAAUGUUAUAGCCUAUCCACUGAUGGCGAAGACAAGUUUAAAAUACGCUUGCAGAGUUUUAGUAGGCCUAACGUUUUUUAAUAGGCUACAAAAUGACAGCUUAUUCUGACUACACUGGAUUUCACCCAGGAAUAUCUGAAGGAGACAAGUGGAUUUUCCCCCAAAAGAUGUUAUAUUUACACAGAAUACAUUUAUUUGUGUAUUUUAAUAUAAAUUUAACUGUUCAAAUAUAUAUUCACGUUGCUGCGUUUAAAUGACAUUACAAUAAACCUAUCUUGACAAAAAUGCAUAUUGCGGGUUGUGUGUAUUUAGCCGUGUUCCCUUUUUUGGUGGCAGAACUUUGACAAUCAAAUAGUGUCUUGAUUUUUUAAAAUGUUUUAUCUUACUAUACUUACUAUACAUUAGGCUGUGUUAGUCUACUAAAAUCAUCCAUGAAGGAAAAUAUGUACAACUGAAUUUUUCUGUAUAAAUUGCUGGGUUCACACUAAACAGCGUUUUUUAAAAUGCAUUUUAUUUUAUGGAUACCGGGAGGUAUCAAUAUGUUCAAUAUGUUCAAUAUGUUUCAUGUAUGUCUGCAUCUCUGUUUCGUACAUAGAAAAAACAUCCUUCCACAUGUGUGUGUGUCUUGGUAAACAGAUUUGCCUGUAACUUUGCGAGCACAACUUUCUGGAGUGAACAGUGAUGAAGAGAGUGAGGGGGCGGAACCCCGCUGAGCCUCUGCGCUGAAAGACAGCCAAUCGCUUCGUUCUCUUAACUGCCAGUCACCGAAAUCUGUCCAAUACCCGCAGUGCCAUUUCUAAACUCUAUUCCCCACUGUGUCCUCCAACUGUUGUAUGUUCUGCCAAUCGCUUGAGGACAGAGUGGGAAAAGGAGCAAGCAGAGUUAGAGGCAGGACAAAAGAAGUUCUAUAGACGGCCAUAUACAUAUAUUUUAAUGGUUUCAGAAGGCCUGUAGUUUGGGAAAACAAUAGCAGUGAGGGUGGACAUGACAGCGUAGUGAUGGAGCCCCCUUUAAGCAAGAGGAAUUCGGCGUUAAGAUUAGCGGAUUUGGCAUCGACUCAAGCCCUUCCUCAUCAGAAUAUGACAGGCUUCCCGGGGAUAGGGGGGCAUCACCCGCACUCCCACCAUGCCCACCUCCACCCUGGGGAGAUGGGCAACGACCCCGGAGUGGCUCUCACUCCAUUUGGACCCGAGCACAUGGCACAGACCAAUGCUCUCAAACUUAGUCCCUCUCAGCCUGUUCAAAGCCAUCUCGAAGCCCAGACCGCGGCAUCUUUCACGUCUUCUCAGACCACAGUUGGUUUCCCCGUGGCUCACCCCCACACAGGCUACGCCACCAGCAGGGACUUCAUCCUCAGGAGAGAGCUCUCAGCCUCUGCUAUGCAUGCACUUGGCGACCAGCAUAGUUCCGCCUCCUCCCCUCAUCACCAUGGCAUGUUCAUUUCCCCAACAGGUGCUUAUGGGCACGCGGAAGGUGGUGCCCAUCCACUUUUCUCUGGACUUCACGAGCAAGCGGCCCCAGGUGCCCACCACCACCACCACCAUCACCAUGCCCUUAACGGGCAGAUGCGUCUGGGUCUACCGGGGGACAUCUACGGCAGGCCAGAGCACUUCGGCCACAGGCCCGAGCACUAUGGAUCUUCUUCUCUACACGGCUACAACUCCAUGAACUUAAAUGUGAACCUCGCCACGGCUCCUCACGGAGCCACGGGAGCGUUUUUGCGAUACAUGAGACAGCCCAUCAAGCAAGAGUUAAUCUGCAAAUGGAUUGAUCAGGAGCAGACCUCGAAGAAACCCUGCUCGAAAACUUACAGCACCAUGCACGAGCUAGUGAACCAUGUAACGGUAGAGCACGUAGGGGGACCGGAGCAGAGCAGUCACGUCUGUUUCUGGGAAGAGUGUCCGCGCGAGGGAAAGGCGUUUAAAGCCAAGUACAAACUUAUCAAUCACAUCCGCGUACACACGGGAGAGAAACCCUUCCCGUGCCCCUUUCCCGGUUGUGGCAAAGUAUUCGCGCGCUCGGAAAACCUGAAGAUUCAUAAGAGGACUCACACAGGUGAGAAGCCCUUCAAAUGCGAGUUUGAUGGCUGUGACAGGAAAUUUGCCAACAGCAGUGACAGAAAGAAGCACUCUCACGUCCACACGAGUGAUAAGCCUUACUUUUGUAAAGUAAGGGGUUGUGACAAGUCGUACACUCACCCAAGUUCUCUGCGCAAACACAUGAAGGUUCACUGCAAGUCUCCUCCGCCCCCUUCCGCCAACACAGGCUCAUCUUACCAUCCCUCGUCUACGCCGAUGGGUGAUGCCCUUUCACCCAACCUGGAGCCCCACAGGAACCGAUCGUCGAACCUUUCGCCUCAGGUGACCAACCUCAACGAGUGGUACGUGUGCCAAGGAAGUGCCGGACCAAACAAUCUACACACACCCUCCAGCGAUGUGCCAACAUCGGAAUCAGACGACGAGGACUCUUUCAGACACACAGAUCCAAGAGCAAUGCUCUGAUUUUAACAGCAAGGAAUAUAUUCAUUUGGAGUGGUCCCUAAAACACACACAACAUUUCAAGUGAUUUAAUUUGAAGGACACGGAAGAGCCUGUGGACAACAGUGUGUGAAAGAGUAAUUGCCCCCAUGUUUGCUAUUAAAACAGAGCACUGAUGCAAUGGAUGGUAUGAUGUUAAUACAUUCAUAAAAAGUUGUUACAUGCAACCUAAUAGUGAAACGUGGAAUUUAAAUGUUACUCUUGAAAUCAUCACAUUUUGUUAAAGUUUCCUGUGACAUAUCAUCAAGUAACUUCAUGAGCUCAAGAUUUAUGAUUGGUUGUUUUUUAGCAUUAGGCUACAUCCCUAAAAAGUUGUUACAUGCAACUUAAAAGUGAAACGUGGAAUUAAAUGUCACUCUUGAAAUCA